AUGCCAAAGGAUUUGCAAGAGUGCGGAAUUCCAAAGAUCAUGUUCCGCUCCAAGUAUGGUGAGUUUGUGCUUCGGGUCUUGGCCGGUGCCAUCAUCUCGCUGUAUGCACCACCACCCGGAAAGUCCGCCAGGGAAAGUGGGCCAUCCGGCUCCGAGUGGGUCUUGUUUUCGCCGGGCAAGGACCGGUCUGCUCCGAAGAGCAAUUGCACCCAGAAGGUGCAGUAG